UGUCCCGCCGUACGAACCACUGCUCUCCCCUCUCUGGUUUCAACGCCAGCGUACUCAUCUCUGCAAGCCUGCCUCCACUCCUUCUAGCCUUCACCGUCGUCACCACUUCACUUUCCUUCGCGGAAGACACGUUGCUCGGACUGAGUUAUCGCCGCCUGAACUCGAACCCCGACGAGGAAAGAUUGGCGGGAGAUCCUCUUCAACUACGUUCCCCCCCACACGAAUGGCGCUGAUCGACGGCGGUUGACUUUGCGAGCUCGAUGGAGCCGUGUGCAUCUUCUUCCUUCCCCUUUAGGGUUUUACAGAGUCAAAUUUGACCCCAUUUUUUCUUCCCAACCACCGUCGUCACCAGCGACCAUGCACCGUAUCCCGCAAUGGCACCAUUUCCCGUCACGAAUUUCAAUUUCUCGUCCUACACUCUAAAUUAUCGCUCCAAAACGGUACGCUUUUUUAUCACUUGAUUUUAUCGUUGAGAUCCUAGUCCCAAUCUAUUCUGAGCUCUCAGGUUUUCAAUUCAAUGGAUUCGUGUCAAAUCUCUAGCUCAAUGGGCGUAUCGAACCUAUCAUUGCAAAGAAGAAAAUCGAUUGUGUUUUUAAGUGUUUCAGAGCUUCAUACAUGAUAAUGGGUUCGAGCAAUGAAUUCGUUAGCCCUUUUAGGUAAUAGGAUGGUUCACAAGUUUCCACAUUGUGUGAACAUUUGUAGGAAAUUAUGCAAUCAACCUUUUCAUUGCGAUGAUGAUGAGGUUUGGAGUGGUUUUGAAUUCGUUGAGGAGCCUUUGAAGAAAAUGUGUGCUACCUCUUGUGACAUUGUUGAUUUUGAUUCGAAUGGGGAUAACGCUAGCUUCGAGAGGAAGCAAUUUUUGCAUAGGAAUGGGUCCAUAGAAAAUGUGAGGAUGGAUGCUGAGAAAAUUCUUGAGGUUCUUGGACAGGAUAGUCCCGAGUUAGAUUUUAGACUGGCUUUGGAUGGAUUGCGUGUUAGGCCAUCAGCUUUUCUCGUGAGGGAGGUUCUGUAUUGGAUGUUGAAAGGCAUAAACUGCGAAAACAAGGGGAGAUGCGCUAAACUGGCGUACAAAUUUUUUCUGUGGUGUGGGCAGCAGGAGGGUUACUGGCACACUGCAAAUUCCUAUCACUUAGUUCUGCAGAUAUUUGCCGCGUGUGAUGAGUUUCAAGCGAUGUGGAGGCUUGUUGAUGAGAUGAUUGAGAAAGGAUUUCCAGCUACUGCUCGCACUUUCCACAUUUUGAUUUGCACUUGUGGUGAGGCAGGGUUUGCUAGGAAGUUGGUGAUGAAGUUCAUUAAGUCAAAAUCAUUUAACUACCGGCCCUUUAGGCACUCCUACAAUGCAAUUCUCCAUUGUCUUCUUGUUUUAAACGAGUACCGUUUGAUUGAGUGGGUUUAUAGGCAAAUGUUGCUUGAUGGUUUAUCCUUUGAUGUUUUGACUUACAACAUUGUUUAUGUGACAUGUUAGAAUCAAACUAUUGGGUUACUGUUUUGGUGUGAUUUUGGCUUAUAGGUGGUGGAGAAAUUGAUAUCACCCCAAUUGAGUGAUCAUUGGAAAGAAUGAAUAUCCAAAAUGAGCCAAGACCUAACUAAGAAUCCAAGGUUCUUCCAACUAUUUCAGAAACUCAAUAUCCUUCUCAUCUUGGUGGCCGCCACAACCACCAAUUUUCACCUAAGAUUUUAACAACAACCAAAACUCCAUUCCCAACAGCUGAUAAAAGCCAUGAUCAGCACUUGUCACACUUGUCAAGUGAAAUCAAAACUCAAUACCCUUCUACUGGAAGCCAUGAUCAAUUCGUGCCGGAAUUUUCUAACACACUCUACCCUCCAAUUAAUAUCCAUGACCAAAACUUGACACAAGAGUCAACACUCAAUAGUUCAGUAUCCUUCUACUGAAGGCCAUAAUCAGUUUUCAGCAGAAACAAUUCCUAGAAGCUCUAAUAUAUAUGAACAAAAUCCUCAGCUUCCGACACCACCAAGGCAAGAUUUGAAGAACAAACCCAACCACCUUAUGAAGCAAUGGAGAAUCCAUCAAGUCAAAGCAGUUAUACUGACAAAAUCUUUUCAGCUACUUCAGCUAUAGCUGAUAAACCAUCACUGCUAAAAUGCUGUGGCCUCUAAGCUUGGAUAUGGUGAAAAAGAUGAUAAAACAAAGUAUCAUGAAGAAAACAUAAGCAGUGAUACACCAUCGAUCAAACUAGAGCAGUUACACCGAGAAAAUCUCGUAUGCAACUUCAGCAAUAGCCGAUAAAGCUGUGUCAUCUAAGAACACCAUAGCUUCAAAGCUCGGUUACGGCAACAAAGAUGACAGCCAUGAAGAGACACAAGGAGGGAAUGCUGCUUCUACUUGAACAGCAGAAUAUGGGAAGAGAAUAGCUCAAUCCUUAACAGAUAAACUUGCACCGGUUUAUGGAAAGGUUGCUGGUAUAGGAAGUGCAGUGAAAUCAAAAGUUCCUGGAACCUCAAGUGGGAGUGAACGCGAUGUCAGUGAAGGACUAUUUUGCAGAGAAGUUGAGGCCUCGAGAUGAAGACAGGGCUUUAUCUGAGGUUAUAUCAGAGACUCUGCAUCAUAAGAGGAACCAAGAGGAGGAAAAUGUGGUUCAUGGGGAAGCAGAGAACCAUGUGAAGAGGGUGGUUUUUUAUGUCGUUCACACAAGAGAGAAGAGGAGGAGGAUGAGCAUGAGAGAAGGAAGAAGAUACCAAUGGGGAAGGUGACAGAGUCUGAAGAAGUGAAGAGAAGGUUGGGGAGUGGGAAUGAAGAAACAGAGAGGUAUGAAGAGUGUUUUGUGAAUAGUCCUGGGAAGAGUGUAGUUGAUAAGGUUAAGGAUGUGGUUUUUGGUUCUUGGUUCACAAAACCGGAUGAAGAUCAACCCUCAAAAGGUGGGGAACAGUUUUCUAAGAACUCUGGUCUGUUGACGUGGAUCAGGGGGUGAACCAGGCUGCGAAUGCAAGAGCACUCCAUGAGUCAUAUAAUUGAGGAAUUAGAUUUAGUGCCUCUGCGUGGGUUUCAGUGUGUGUACAUGUUUGAGAUUUUGCAUUAUGGGAUGAUUUGUUCUUUCCGUUCGGAUGAUUUGUUCUUUUUGGAAUAAAUUACUAUAUGUACUCAUAAAAGAUACAAACUCUGACAAAUGUACCUAUUAAACAAGAAAACGACCAUUGUAUUCAUAAAAGA